AUGGAGAUUCUCACUAUUUACGCCUCUGUCGCAGGAGGUAUACUCCUGAGUAUUGUGGUAAUAAGAGCUGUGAUGUAUCUCGGACCAUGGAGCAUCGCAGUCAAAAUCCUCAUCGCUAAGCAUAUUACAUAUCCGUAUUUUAUCGGCCGGCAUGCACUUCUGGGCCCUUGGACACGAGCCGGUUCUCUUAUGCAUAUUAGCUAUGCGGCGCUCAAUCUUGUUCUUAUCUUGUUUAAAAGCGCAUCUAUCAGCGUAGCUGGUAAUCGAGCAGGGACGCUAUCAUUGAUCAAUGCUGUAUUCUUGGUAGCAUCCUGCUGUCUGAGCAACAUAGCUGAUCUUUUUGGGAUUUCCCUUCGGAGUUGUCGACGUAUUCACCGGGCGGUGGGUUGGAUGGUACUGAGCUUGGUAUCAUUGCAUAUCUUCACGAAGCUGUUGAGUCAGCAAACCGAGAGUAUAGACGGAAGUGCUCGAAAGCUCUUUGCUAUUAUUGGUGCAGGGAUUCUGGCAGCGUUGGGAUUCUUUUCAUUGCCCAUUUUCCGAAGGAUAUCUUACGAAUGCUUCCUUCGAGCUCAUCAAGCACUUGCAGUGGGUAGUUUGUAUUCUAUCUGGAGACAUGUCUCCGGCAAAAACCUUUUUCCCCGUCUCUAUAUAUAUGUUGCAAUUGGUGUUUCGGCCUGCACCUUGUGUUUUAACCUAGCUCUUUUUCUCUUUAGAAAUGGGCUGUUUUCCGGUAAUGGAUGUCCACGAGCAAGGAUCACCUGCCAGGUUGACAAUAUUGGCAAUGAGAAAUGCGAAGAAACGACUAAAUUGGCACCAAUCAAGAUUUGUAUUUAUCUACCGAGGCCGAUUACUGUUAUGGCGGGGCAAUAUAUAAAUUUGUGGCUCCCGUCAGUGAGCAUAUGGUCAUGGGCGCAAACACAUCCUUUCAUGGUAACAUCAUGGUUCCGAGGAAGACAUGGCAUGCUUGAAGUUUUAGUAGAGCCUCAUCAAGGCCUAACGAAAACUUUGGCACGCCGGGCUAAUCUAAUGGGGCCAGACGGUUUCUCUUGCAUGGCGCUUUUUGGUGGCCCACAUGGGAUAACUGAGUCUGUAGAAAACUACGAAAGUGUGCUAUUGGUGGCGAGCGGGAUGGGGCUUGCGGCUGUAAUUCCUUACGUGAAGUUGUUGAUACAUGGCUACAACACUUGCACUUCCUUUGUUCGGCGGAUACACCUAAUUUGGCAGGUCGAGGCAUUAUGUAUUGCUAUUUCAUUGGAGAAUAUAUUGAACGACCUUCUGUCGGAUGAUGUCCUUGAUGGUGGCUAUAUCCUCGAGAUAUCGGUGUUUCUGGAAAAUGAAUCCUUGGUGAAAGAGAAACUACCAUUUGGGAAACAUGGGCGUGCCUUUCUUUUUGAAGGAACCCCAGACUACCCCAAAAUCAUUGCGGACGAAGUUUCUGGGGAAAGGAUAGAGAGAUUACCAAACAUUCAAGAUGAUCGAGGAAAGGCAUUAUUACUCGCAUCUACCAGAGCUGAUCUGCGCGACGAACUAAGAGACAUUGUCAGACCUUAUCUCUGCCAAGGGUUAAUGAUGAGUGAACUCGAGUAUCAACCAUAA